ACUGUACACACACACUGUACACACCCUAAAUAUAUAUACACACACUGUAGUGUACUUAUGGACCUGGCUGAAGAAUCAUCUGCUAUCAAACCCUUCUACGACACACUCUGUUCUGCGCUGUAACGAGAGAAUAAUGUCCGGACCCAGACCCGUGGUGCUGAGCGGCCCCUCCGGAGCGGGGAAGAGCACUCUGAUGAAGAGGCUGAUGAAGGAGCACGAGGGCAUCUUCGGCUUCAGCGUGUCACACACAACAAGAAACCCACGACCAGGAGAGGAAAACGGCAAAGAUUACCACUAUACUACCAGAGAGGUCAUGCAGGAGGGAAUUGACAACGGAGACUUCAUCGAGAACGCAGAGUUCUCCGGCAACCUGUAUGGAACAAGUAAAGCGGCCAUUCAAGACGUGAUCGACAAGAACCUGAUGUGCAUCCUGGAUGUGGACAUCCAGGGAGUGAGGAGGAUCAAGGAGACCGAGCUGAACCCCAUCUACAUCUCCAUCCAGCCCCCCUCCAUGGACGUCCUGACUUUGAGCUGCGCGCGCUACUAA